UUGUUAACACAUACCGUUAGAUGAGCACAAAUUAUAUUUUCGAAACAAAACUUUAACUAAUAAAUACAAUAAAAUAAAUACAAAACAAAAAAAACAACAAAUCUCCAAUAAAAUCGCAAACACUAACAAGAGCAAUUUCUAAGCUAGAACCACGGAAGUUUAUGUGUGAAUUGAAUUGAAAGUGAAAUAAAAUUUUUUGAAAAAUUAAAUCAUUUUGCUAUUGAAACAAGUUAAAGAAAACGUGCAAACAUUCUGAGUGGAACACCCAGAAACGUGCAGUGAAACUUGACGUAUGAGUGAUAACAUUUCCGAUUGAUUUCCAGUGACGGGUGGCUAACUAUACAAUUUUUUCGUUGUUGAUUUCAUUACAUCUCAAAACAUAUCAUUGAAUAGAAAAAUAAAUCGAGGCAAUUCUAAAGGUGCUACAAUAAAAAAUCUAUAAAAACGCAAAUAAGCUGCGAAUGUCUUAAGCAUAUAAGAAAAAUAGAAAUUAAGGAGCAUUAGAAGCAUAUCUUUAAGAUACGCUGGCAUACCGAAUAAUAUGGCAAAAAAUGGAUAUUCCUUUCUGAGUGAACUUUGUCGAAACAAAUAAAGUAACAUUCUGUGUAUUAGUGAAAGGAUUUAAGAAUUUAAGUAACCGUUUUACCUGCAAGGGUGCAUAUAAUCCAGAAGAUUAUACAAUACAAUUUCUCGGUUUUUUUGAAUCAACAAAAAAAUUGUUAAGCAAUGCUUAGAAAAUAUCAAUAAUCACUCGAAAAAAAUAAUUACCUAAUUUUUUUGCAAUUUUAUAAAACAAAAUAUAUCUGUAUGAGAACAGUGUGCAUGUGUGUGUGUGUGUGUGUGUUAUAAACAAUAAUGUAAUAAAAGCGCAGUUAAAUCGCAAAAAAAUCGAAUUUAUAUGAAAAGCCUUAAUGGAAUGCAAUGAAUUUAAACUAAAGACCACUCAUUCACAUUUACUAUGAAGACCAAGUCUAGGGAGCGUAUGAUGAAUACAAAUUCAAUGGACACCAGUGCGUAUACGUUUGACUAAGAACAAAUUUCGACUUCAAGGACUUUUGCAUGAUUUUUUCUUCUAAUCGAAAAUCAUUUUAAAGAGUUUCUAGUGAAGCUGAUAAAAGAAUCUGUGUACAUUAAACAAAUAGCAAAAAAAAAACAACAACAGUACUCUUAAAACUUUUUAUGUUAUGUGCUGAUUCCACCAUAUGUGCGAGCAUGUAUACAGAAAAAGUCCUUGUGCCUGCUGGGACAAAAACAACAACAAACACUACAGGAAAUAACAUGAACCUGAAAAAAUGUCUAUACCAACGAGUGAUUACGUCGUAAUGCUGACGUCGUAACAACUUUUACAGAUACAUAGCAAAAAAAAAAACAAAAACUGAGAGUAAAAAAACGGAAUCGUGAAAAAAAUACACACGCGCCUCUCCAAACACACACACGCAUACAAACGAAGAAGCAAAAUGAAAUGGCAUCACAAAAGUCCUGUAUAAUAAAAUGUAGUACAAGUGUAUACAAAAUUUAAGAACUAAAGCUGCGUUAUCUUAGCCCACCAUUACCAAUAACAACAGCAAGAGCAAGAGUAGCAGCAGCAGCAGCCAAGUUUCUGGUAUAUCCCAUUAUCCAGGCUGUGUAGCGCAAAUCGCCGUGCUGGAGCUGCAGAGUUGGAACGCGCGCCUGAGGGUUUUGCAACCUUCCACAGGUGUUUAUAUAACUUUGUUGUUUUUGUUGUUCUCAUAUGUGUUUUUGUUUUUGUUUGUGUUGUGUGUGUAUUAUGUUGAUUUGUUUUUGUUUUCCUUUAGUUUUGCUAACCUUGAAAAUCACUACUCACGCAUUUUUUUUCUACCGCCAUAUGAGUACUCUGUGACAGUGUUUGUUUUGAUUUACUUUAAACGCUAAGCCUUAAAGAAUUAUAUGCCAUAAAAUGCGAAAUCGUUUAGCUUCCUUGAUUGUGGUUAAACAAGAACCUCCCUCGUCCAACUCUCUGGCAACGCUUGAAAACUCCCUUAACUCGCACUUGCCCUAUGGUGGUGAAAUCAAUAAUAACAACAACAACAACAUUGUGCCCCACAAUGUGGCCGGUGAAUUGAAUGCCUCGAAUUUUACCAUAAAGUCCGAAAACAAUCUCUACGAGAUCAACAACAAUCAUUUGCAUCACAGUGAUAACUUUAAUUUUCCCGCGGCCCCAAAUGCCAGCCAUAAACACUUGCCCAGCUCACCGUUGACUGCGGCGCCAACAACUCCUCCCAAUUUGAUAUAUCCUUGCCGUAAUCUUUUUCCCGAUGGCUGUGACAUAUCGCAUCAUGGCCAUCACAAUAACUGCUCCAACUACUACUAUAACUUGAAUGAUACACCAUCGCCGGUAACGCCACCCUACGCCACUGGGCAGACGGAUAAAUUCCUUUUGAAAUCUGAACCUUUGCCUUAUGAACACUCAGUGCUGGAUGUGGUGGCGGCAGCAGCAGCAGCAGCCUCAGCAACGGCCAGCGAUAAUUUAUGGUGUCUGAGCAACCUGACCUAUCGCAAGCAGUUGGGCAAUUUUUAUGUGUCGUCAUCAUCGCCGGAGCAUAUUUUUCCUGACACCAAUUGUGCAGCAUUUAACACCAGCGCCAAUUUACAAGAAGAACGUGCAGCACCACAGCCAGCUCCGCAACCGCCAAUAACACCCACUGGUGUGAGCGCAGCAACACCAGCAGCAAAGGCAACACCGGCAACCCUAGCAAAUAGUAGUGAUAGUACAACAAACAGUAAAGCGACAACAACUGCAACAACAACUAUAACAACACCACCGAAGAUCUCAGCAAUAACAACAAACGCAAACACGGCUGUAACAAACACCAACAACAACAACAACACCGCAACAUCCAACUCAAGCUCAACCACAAUACCCAGCAAUAGUGGCGGCCACAGCAUCAACUGUAGCCAUCAUCAACGUAGCCAUAAAGCUCUUCAUAUAAAAACCGAAAAGCAAACGGACACCGAUUCCAUAGCAAUAGCAGGACAAACAUCAGCCAGCCCAGCCUCAACAUCAACAGCAUCUGCUGCCGCAGCUGCAACAGCAGCAACAGUACCAACAUCAGGAUCAGCGGCCAGACCCUCCUCAAAUAGACCAACAAUCACAACCUGCAACGAUCAUACGAAGACGCGGCCAACCAACGUUACCACAAGCAUGUUACUAUUGCAACCAAAUAACACUUUCGGUUCUCUUUCUCCGUUCGAUAACUUUUCCUCGCAAACCAGCAACCAACAGCAACACCACCAUCCAGUAGCACAACAGCAACAUCAGCAGCAUAUACACCAUCACCACAACCAUCACCAUCAUCAUCACCAUCACAAUCACAGUGGUGGCCAUCACCAUCAUCAGCAUAAUCACCACGCGGCAACUUCUGCAGCAUUGGCAAACAACUCAACGUCCCAUUUACUGUCCGUGGCCACGGAGGAUCAUUUGAUUGGAAACCUAACGGAUACCACAACCUCAGAACACUCGGAACUCAUUGAUCACACCUUCAAUCAAUUGUCCGAUUUAUUCUUUCCUACCGACUCCAAUCAAUCGCUGCUCUCGCCCACACUCGACAGCCAUACCAGUCGCGAACCGGAUUCCUCGACACCGCACAAUCACAACCAUUUGCAAGAUCUCCAUUCGUCGUGUGAAACUCUGGUAGGUAGCAGCGAGGAUAUAACCUCGUCCCUGGAAAACCUAACAAAACUAACGUGCCUGCGUGAGAAGCGUUUAUCCUCCAUACCGGAACAGCAUAGUGUGAGUACACCCAACUCGGAAAGGGAUCAAUCGUCAUUGUGCUUUGAUCGCUCCACUCCCCAAGAACUGGGCCUGCUGAGUUUGCGUUCAAGCAGUGAUCCAGCGAUAGCCUUGCAUACGCUACAAGAACGACAAGCCUUGAAGCAGCAACAGCAGCAGCAGCAACAACAACAUCAGCAUCACAGUAGAGGAGAUCCCCUAUUAUCACCGCUGGAAGGGCCUUUGUCUUUGCCCAGCUUUGAAGAGACCUAUUCGCUCAAAUACGGCACAACACCCAGUGGUGCUACAGUUCCCACAAGCGAAUUGCAAAUAAAAAUGGAUGAAGAUUGUUAUCCGUUAACAACAUCAUCGGCCGAAGGUAUAGGAGGGCCAGCUUUAAAUCAGACCCACACGCAUCAUCAUACACAACAUCAGCAACAGCAACAGCAUCAUCAUCAUCACCAGCAACAACAGCAGCACCACCAACAAACACCACAACAGCAACAGCAGCAGCAACAACACCCCAGCCAUCAGCAACAAUUAUCCAGCCACAAUAGUUUAAUGGGCAAUCCGCAACAGACAUCACAACAGCAGGCCCCUCACCAACAUCACGCACACCAACAGAAUUCCAAUAACUUCAGCUAUCAUGGCCAUUUCAAUGCUACCACCACACCAGCCUCCUCAAGUUCUUCAGCCUCGUCCUAUGAGUACAACAAUGGCUCCAGUUCGGGCAAUGAGAACUCGCAAAAUUUUAAUGCUGCCUCAACGGGAGAAAGUUUCUAUCAUCAAUACCAAGUAGCGCAACCAAAUAAUUAUCAUUCAACGACAGCUGAACGUUACAGUUUACCAACGUUUCCCACCAUGUCAGAGCUGGAAGCUGCUACCACUGCUGCUUCUUCGGCUGCCUUGGCGCCCCUGAGGCGGGCCUCUCUGCCCAUCAAUCGUUCGGAGUCACCGCUCAGCAGCCACAGUCCGAAACUUCCCAAAUUGGUUAUAGGUUCCAGCAAUUCUGCAUUGCAUCAUAUCAAGCAUCAGCAUCCUUCCGCUCACCCACAACUCUCCAGCGCUCCCAGUUCAGCUUCGAACUCACCCAGUGUGCGACAGCAAAGCUCUACACCCGUCCUCCAUCAUCACAUGAGCCAAUCGGCCGAUAUGCUCAAUGGUCGCGUUAUACCCACCCCGCCCUCGCAAUUGUGCGCGGUUUGUGGUGACACAGCGGCCUGUCAACACUAUGGCGUUCGUACCUGUGAGGGCUGCAAGGGCUUCUUUAAACGCACCGUCCAAAAAGGUUCCAAAUAUGUUUGCUUGGCCGACAAAAAUUGCCCGGUGGAUAAAAGGCGUCGCAACCGUUGCCAGUUUUGCCGCUUCCAAAAGUGUCUGGCAGUGGGCAUGGUCAAGGAAGUUGUACGCACAGACUCCCUGAAGGGACGACGUGGUCGUCUACCUUCAAAGCCCAAAUCUCCUCAAGAAUCGCCACCCUCACCCCCAGUCUCUCUAAUAACGGCACUAGUGCGCUCCCAUGUGGAUACCACACCCGACCCCUCUUGCCUUGACUACUCACAGUAUCGUGAACCCAAUCAACUUGAUUCACCUGUGGUAAUGAGUGAAGCCGAAAAAGUCCAACAGUUCUAUAAUCUUCUAACCACCUCUGUGGAUGUUAUCAAACAAUUCGCUGAGAAAAUUCCUGGCUAUUCAGAUCUGACUUCAGACGAUCAGGAGCUAUUACUGCAGUCUGCCUCACUGGAGCUAUUUGUACUGCGUCUAUCAUAUCGUGCACGUGUCGAUGAUACAAAGAUGACCUUCUGCAAUGGCAUUGUUCUGCAUCGCAGCCAAUGUCAACGUUCCUUUGGCGAUUGGCUAAAUGGCAUAUUGGAGUUUAGCAAGAGCUUGCAUAACUUGGAAAUCGACAUAUCUGCAUUUGCUUGCCUGUGUGCGCUGACAUUGGUGACAGAACGCCAUGGCCUACGUGAACCGAAAAAAGUGGAACAACUACAAAUGAAAAUCAUUGGCAGCCUACGCGAUCAUGUUACCUACAAUGCUGAAGCCCAAAAGAAACCCCACUACUUUAGCCGGUUACUGGGUAAGCUGCCCGAAUUACGUUCACUCAGUGUACAGGGUCUGCAAAGGAUAUUCUAUUUGAAACUGGAAGAUCUAGUGCCGGCACCAGCUCUAAUAGAGAACAUGUUUGUGGCCAGUUUACCAUUUUAAAGAAAAAGGAGGCACAUAGAACAACCUAUCAAGCAACCAAACUAAAUACCACUACUUUCCCCCAAGUUGAACUAAGGCAUUCUUCAACUAAAUGCAAAAAAAAGAAGGAAAUACCUAUCAAGGGUAAAAAUAAUAUAUAAAAUGUAAAUUAUUUUUUGUUUAUUUUUUUUAGUAAAAUCCUAAAUAUGUAUAAAAAGUAAAACAAAACAAC